AUGCAACAUCAAAUAUGUCGAAAUUGGGCAUCUGUGCCUAAUCUUCAAUGUUUUACUCCAACAAGUGGUGGUACAACUAACCAAUGUCUCUCUAAUUCAACACAAGAUUUUGAUUAUUGUCGAGAUUCUUGCUAUACAGCUCACGGCUGGCAAGCAGCAUGUAAUACAACUUCUUGUUAUGCAGUUUCGGUGUGUGAUCAAUCAAAAUCUCUUUCAUGCGUCAAUAAUAUUUGUAAUUGUACUUACUUAGCAUCAUGUACAACCGGUCAAGAUUAUCAAUGUGAAGAAUAUAAUCUUCUAUCAUGUAUUGCUUCACAAUGUAAUUGUGCAUCGGUUAUGUAUUGGCCAAGUUCAUUGAACUAUUGUGUAGCGAAGAGCAGCUAUUUACGAACAUGUGUACAUCAACAAGUCAAUGUCUUGUAG